AUGUCUCAGAGGAGUGAGGCCGCGAGGAGCAAGAGGAAGACUGCGGAUGGAAGUACAGACCGACUCAGUGGGCUCCCAGAAGGUCUGCUGCUGGACCUUCUGUCCUUCCUUCCAUCGAGGGACGCAGUGCGGACGUGUGUGCUUGCCCGCCGCUGGUGCAACCUAUGGAAGGAGGUGCCUGCUCUCCGCAUCACCCCUGCCACCACGUCGGGGUACUGUGGCGCGAGUACCCUGAACAGGUUCGUCAACGACCUGCUGUUCUUCUGCAACCGGUUACCUCUCCAUGUGGCCGAAUUCAGCUCCUAUGGAGGUGACAAUUUUGAUGAGGCUGUCCAGUAUUUGGAGCUUUGGAUUCACUACAGUUUAUCAUGCCCAGUUGCCAAACUCUCUGUCACCAGCCACGAUAAAUAUCAACGCUGGCUGCUUCCCAAGGGACUUAUCACCUCGGAGCACCUGACAGCACUUCAGCUUACUCGGGUCAAGACACAGGACGAUCUGGAUUUCUCAAGUUGUGUGUCUCUAAAGCAUCUGAAGAUGACUGAUUGUGGCAUUUACUGUGAUAGAAUCAUGUCCCCGUCACUAAAGCGUCUCAUGAUCGCACAAUGUCACUUCAUUGGGUAUGCCCGUACCCAAAUAUAUGCCUCGAAUCUCAUUCUCCUUCUGUUAGUUGACUGUAUGGGAAUGACUCCAUUGCUCUUCAUUUUCAGGAAGGAUUUGACGCGAUGCCCUGUAUUUAGCAAGUUAAAAACUUUGUUACUCAAUGAGUGGUGCAUUACUAAUAACCUUGGUGCAUUAAUAUGCUUUCUCCAGCACUCACCAGUUCUAGAGAAGCUCAUUAUUCAGUUUGAGCCUCCCGAGAUACAUGAGAGAUUAGUGGAAAUAGGAGGAAGUUAUGACCUAAGGAAGCAAUCCCUUGUAUUGAAGGACCUUAAUGUUGAAGUUAGAUGUGAUGAUGGUGAUGAGCGGGUUCACAAAGUCUUGGAUGUUUUGGGUUCCUAUGGUUUAUCCCCUGAGAAAUUCAAGAUCCAACGACCUCCAAUACUGACUAGGGCCCGAUUUGAUGACACUUGGACUUCUGGAAAGUUCCAGAGUGCAGCAUCAGAGUUCCGGAGUGAGUUUCAAAUAUCAGAUCAACUCCAGAUGAGCACCACCCUUCUCCUCUUUGGCCAGCUCUUCAGUGGCAGUGAUUCUUAG